AUGGCCCCUCCGUCGGCGGCGCCCAUCGAGGUGCUGGAGGGCACGGGCGAGAGCUCCUCGCCGCCCAGGUCCUCCGCCGCCCACGACGAGCUGCGGCGUAAGAUAUACGAGCGCCUGGUGCAGGCCGGCAAGCAGGGGGACUGUGAUGAUGCCUCGUUCCGGGACAUGCUCGACGCCCAUUUCGACAAGCUGCCACCCAGGUACCUGACGGACCUGAGUGAAAGCAAGGCGGAGGAUGUGCUGCUCCACCGGGAGGUCCUCGACGAGUGCGCCCACAACGGCAACCAGCCCGUCUUCCGAGCUCGAUUCCUAAAGUACAUGGCAGUUCAACUUCAACCGGAAUGGGAGGAUGCCAGUCCCGACUCUGAUACAUAUCAAAGGUUAUUGGAAGACCUCACUUUGGAGAGGGUACAUGGCACCGACACCACGGGCUCUAUGUCUUCGCCAUCAAGGGAUUCAGAACCUGCCCUUCUUCAUGAGAUCAUCUUCUCUUCCCUCGACAAGCCCAAGCUCCUUAGCCGGCUAACUGCAUUGCUAUCUGAAGUUGGACUGAAUAUUCAAGAAGCUCAUGUUUACUCCACAACUGAUGGCUUUUGUUUGGAUGUUUUUGUUGUUGAUGGGUGGAAGACACAGGAGACAGAGGCGUUGAUUGCGACAAUUGAGGAUACAUUAAUGAGAAAAAAUGGAGCACCACCUAACUCAGCAAAUGCUUCAUCCUCGGAGAAAAUACUUGAGCUACGGGAACAGCUUGUGGAUUGUGAAAUCGACUGGAACAUACUAGCAGUGGGGGAAAAGAUCACAUCUGGGUCUUCUGCAGACUUAUAUAGAGGAAUACAUAGUGGUUUGGAUGUUUGUAUAAAGAUACUCAGGAGCGCACAUCAGAACAGCCCUUCAGAAGUUGAGUUCUUGCAGCAGGCGCUCAUGCUAAGGAGAGUGAAGCACGAAAACAUCCUUACAUUUUAUGGGGCAUGCACAAAGCAUCGAAAGUAUUGUGCCAUUGUAACAGAAUACAUGCCUGGAGGCGAUUUAUAUGAAUUUGUACACAAGCAAAAUGAUGUUUUGGACCUCCUUCUGAUUCUAAGGCUUGCUAUGAGCAUCUCAAAAGGAAUGGAAUGUCUGCACCAGCACAACAUAAUCCAUAGAGAUCUGAAGACUGCAAACAUUCUCAUGGGCAACAAUCAUGUUGUGAAGAUUGCAGACUUUGGUGUGGCUCGAGUUGGUACUCAGGAGGGACAAAUGACGGCUGAAACUGGAACUUACAGAUGGAUGGCACCUGAGAUUAUUAACCAUAAGCCUUAUGAUCACAAAGCGGAUGUAUUCAGCUUUGCUAUUGUUCUAUGGGAAUUGAUUACACUAAAGGUCCCUUAUGAUAACAUGACACCCUUGCAAGCUGCAUUGGGAGUGAGGCAGGGAUUGCGUUUGGAGAUUCCGGCAGGUGUGCACCCAGGAUUGUCGAAACUGAUCGAGCAGUGCUGGGAUGAAGAUCCUGAUACAAGACCUGUUUUUGCGGAGAUCAUUGUACAACUUGAGGACAUCUUACAGGAAAUUCAGGUGCCCAAGGGGGGCCAUCGACGUUCUAGAGCAAAAAUGCAAAAGAAAUCACCACGAUAG